AUGUCUGAGACCAUUGAUUUCCAAGUUAUCAUCAUCGGGGGAGGAGGCUGUGGUCUCUCCAUGUCCUCAUUUCUUUCAAAUUUUGGUGUUGAUCAUGCCUUGUUUGAUAGGAAGACCAAUGCUUCUGCGCUGCCCAAGGCACAUUAUCUCAAUCAAAGGACUAUGGAAACCUUCAGGACACAUAACUUGCAGAGAGAAAUACAGGAAAAGAGCUGCCCCAUGAAAUUCAUGAGUCAGGUAGCCUGGGCAACUUCUCUGGGAGGCAACGAGAGACUGGACCGAAAGAUUAUUCAUAAGUUUGCAUGCUUUGGCAAUGACAAUACAUCGGAGAAAGCGCGUGCAUACCAGAUGGAUAGCCCAGAACGGUCUGCCAAUGUUCCCCUCUGCAGAAUGGAACCGAUACUUCGACGGAUGGCAGAAGAGAAAAACAUUGGUGGAAUACGAUUUGGACACGAAGUCGUCGAUUUCGAAGACCGAGGCAACCAUGUCGAGGUCACAGUCAAGGAUCAACAUGAUACUGUGAAGACAUAUCGCUGCCGCUACCUUGUGGGUGCUGAUGGGGGACGAUUAGUAGGUCAUAAACUUGGUAUCACCAUGGAGGGGCGUACCGGCAUCACCGACAUGGUCUCUGUGCAUUUCGGGGCAGAUCUGUCCGAAUACUGGGACGACAGAUUCUUUGCCUGCCACUUCAUAAACGGAAAUUGUGGUACCGUCUUGGAGAGUGGAGCCAUAGUUCCUAUGGGACCGACCUGGGGGAAAGGCUCUGAGGAUUGGGUCUUCCAUUUCGGUUUUGCGUUGGACGACGAAGCACGCUUCCAAGAGGAGAAGCUAAUUCCACGUAUUCGGGACCUACUGAAAAUCCCAGACUUACAAAUCGACAUUCAUCGGAUUAGCCACUGGAUUAUUGAGCGUGUUUUGGCGGAUCGGUAUCGCAUGGGGAACGUGUUCCUUGCUGGAGAUGCUGCCCACAAACGGCCUCCGACUACAGGGCUGGGGCUGAAUACAGCCAUUGAAGAUGCUCUAAACCUGUCAUGGAAGUUGGCCAUGGUCAUCAAACAUGAAGUCAGCGAGAAGAUUCUGGACACAUAUGAAACGGAGAGACGUCCAGUCGGCAAGAGAAAUUGUGAUUGGGGCCUUUUCACAUUCGAGAAUUCCGCCGUCAUAAACGCUGCCAUCGGCCUCGUUGCUGGGCAGACUGAGAACAACAAAGCCAGAUUUGAGGCUUUGUACGAGGACUCGCUGACAGGAAGGGCUAUCCAAGCGCAAGUCCGCAAGAUGAUCGAAUCACAAUGCAUUGAAUUUGGAGCACAUGGAAUUGAGCUUGGGUUUACGUACGACGAGGGUCUGAGGAUAGCUGAUGGCACUGAGGAGCCUGAAAUCGACCCUCUUGGUCAGACAUACAGUCCAACUACUCGGCCAGGCCAUCGGCUGCCUCAUGCAUGGCUGCAGCUCCAUCUAGACGACUCGAUAGUCUCUACCCACGAUCUCGUAGGGUUCAAAGGCUCAUUCUUGUUGCUAACUGAUGAUUCUGGGAAGAGUUGGAUCGAGGCCUCGAAACGAUUGAUUGCGCGCCACAAAGUCCCUAUUGCAGUCGCGCAAGUCGGAUCACAAUACAAGGAUAUGGAAGAUCAAUGGGAACAAUGCGGACAACUAAAGGAAGGUGGUGCAAUUUUGGUUCGGCCAGAUAAUUUCGUCGCCUGGCGCUCCAAAGGCCCAUCCAACACAGGUGGCAGGGAGCUUGAGGAUGCUUUCAACUCAUUGCUUGGUUUAAGUUGGCUUGCGGGCAAGACACUACACUACAUCACUCCAUAUACUUUGCUCUGA